AUGACUUUCAAGGAUGUUUAUGAAGCUAGAUCUGCAGUUAACUUUUAUGCACUGUUAGAGGGCAGUUUUGUUGAUGAUUACAAGAAACUUGAGGCUUAUGGGCAAGAAGUUGGACAAUCUAAUCACGGCACCGAUGUUGUGAUAACUAUAUCAAGAAGUACUCUUGAAAAGGUAAACGAAAUUUUUGAGGAUGUACAUAUGGACGCAUUAAAGAAGGGUUGGAAAGGUGGGUUGAGACCAUUGAUAGGAGUUGAUGGUACAUUUCUGAAGGGUAGAUAUAAGGGUCAGAUGUUAGUGGCCCUUGCUCAAGACUCCAUGAACCAAUUUUAUCCCCUUGCUUGGGCUGUGAUGUCUUUGGAACUAAAAGAUGGACAAGGGGUGACUUUCAUCUCAGAUAUGCAAAAGGGAUUGGUUGAUGCUGUGAAGAAUACAUUGCCUAACUCUCACCAUAGAUACUGUGUGAGACACAUUGAGGCCAAUUGGCAAAAGAAGUGGAGAAGUGGACAAAUGAAGAAGUUGAUGUGGUGGUGUGCUUGGAGCACUUAUGAAGAAGAGUUCAAAGACCAACUCAAAAAGUUGGGUGAAUUAUCCAAGGAAGAUAAUUAUUCUGCUGCCAAGGAUCUGUUACACUAUCCUCCGCAAUCUUGGUGUAGAGCAUAUUUAGACACUAAGUGUAAAAACAUGAUGCUAGAAGAAUGCCAAUCAUCAGGAUCUUUGGAGGAAAUUAGGACAAAGGUUAUAAGGUUGUUGGUUAAAAAUGAAGAUGAAAUCAGGAAAUGGGAUGGUGGCUUUAGUCCUGAAUCUCUGAAGUUGUAUGAUGACUACAGGGCAAUUGCUCACUACUGCAAGGUUGAGUAUAAUGGUGACUAUGGCUACGAAAUAUCUGAAGGUGAAGAUAGGCAUAAUGUUGAUCUUUCACAGAAAAGAUGCACAUGUAGAGUUUGGCAAUUAUCUGGAAUCCCUUGCCCCCAUGCUAUCAAAGCUAUCCUGUAUGACAAGGGUGAACCUAUGGAUGAAAUGCACUGGUUCUACAACAAGGAGGCAUAUUCCUUGACUUACAAGAACAAGUUGCAACCUGUUAGAGGACAACAGUUCUGGAAGAUUACCGAAGCUCAAGCCAUGGAACCACCUGAUGUUGCCAAGACUGUGGGCAGGCAGGCCUAA